AUGGUGAUUCUACCAUCGUCAUAUGUUGGUGGACCACGACAUAUGCAUGAAUACGCGCAAGAUGCAAUGUGUUAUGUGUGUCAUUAUGGAAGACCUGAUUUAUUUAUAACUUUCACGUGCAAUCCGCAAUGGACAGAAAUUAAAGAACAUUUAUUUGAAGGUCAAGGGCCAACAGACCGACAUGAUAUAACUGCACGUGUAUUUAAGCAAAAGAUGAAAUCAUUAAUGGACAUGUUGAUAAAAUUAAAAAUAUUUGGUGAAGUACGUUGCUGGAUGUAUUCGAUUGAAUGGCAAAAGAGAGGACUACCACACGCUCACAUUUUAAUUUGGAUGGUUGACAAAAUAACACCAGAACAAAUUGAUAGCGUUAUAUCAGCAGAAAUUCCUGAUCCUGAAAUUGAUCCUGAAUUGCAUGAAAUUGUUACCAAAAACAUGAUUCAUGGACCAUGCGGUAGUUUGAAUAUGAAUUCAGUAUGUAUGCAAGAUGGAAAGUGUACAAAAAAUUAUCCACAAGCAUUAGAUUCUGAAACCAUUACUGGAAAUGAUGGGUAUCCAAAAUAUCGUCGACGAUCAACACAAGAUAAUGGUAGAUCAACAACUGUCAAAGUGAGAACACAAGAAAUCGAAGUCGACAAUCGUUGGAUUGUCCCAUAUUCACCAAUUUUAUCAAAAACUUUUAAGGCUCACAUUAACGUUGAAUACUGCAAUUCAGUUAAAGCGAUCAAAUAUAUUUGUAAAUAUAUCACGAAAGGUAGUGAUAUGGCUGCUUUCGGUGUUGUUGAAAAUGAUGAAAUAAAACAUUACCGAACUGGUCGAUACAUCAGCAGUAAUGAAGCAGUAUGGCGUAUACUCUCUUUUGCAAUACAUGAAAGAUACCCAACCGUUCAACAUUUAGCUGUUCAUUUGGAAAAUGGUCAGCGUAUUUGUUUUAAUGAACAAAAUGCAGCACAAAGAGCAAUUGCGCCACCAAAUACAACUUUAACCGCAUUUCUUAAAUUGUGGCAAGAAGAUUCAUUUGCAAGAACAUUGCUUUAUGCUCAGGUUCCAUCAUAUUAUACUUGGAAUGCAUCAAAAAAGGAAUUUCAACGUCGAAAGCAAGGCAAAUCUGUUCAAGGUCAUCCAAAUGUGUUUGAAACUGAUGCUUUAGGUCGAAUUUACACAGUUCACCCAAAUAAUGAUGAGUGUUUUUAUUUGCGUUUGCUUUUGAUAAAUGUUCAUGGUCCAACAUCAUUUAAUUAUUUGAGAACUCUUGAUGGACAAUUAUGCGCCACUUACCGUGAAGCAUGUCAAAAACUAGGAUUGCUUCAGCACGAUACACAUUGGGAAAAUACAUUAACUGAUGCAUCGGUAUCAGCAUAUCCACAACAAAUUAGAAUUUUAUUUUCUAUCAUUAUCUCAACGUGCAAUCCGGCUAAUCCAUCUGCUUUAUGGAUGAAAUUUCGUGAUUACAUGACGGAAGAUAUUUUACAUCGAAUACGCACCUUAAAUAAUAAUGCUCAAUUGAAUUAUACAGAGGAAAUGUAUAAUGAGGCAUUGAUAUUGACUGAGGAUAUGUGUUUAGGAAUGGCGAGUAAAGCUUUGGCUCAGUUAGCAACUGUACGAGCACGUGGUAGAAUUGCUUUGGCACUUGCAUCUUCUGGAAUUGCAGCCACUUUAUUGGAUGGUGGUAGGACAGCACAUUCAGCGCUAAAAUUGCCUUUGAAUAUGACGAUAAAUGAAGCACCAUCAUGCAAUUUAUCAAAAACCUCUGGCAUGGCUAGAGUUUUGAAACAAUUUGAUAUUUUGUUGUGGGAUGAAUGCACAAUGGCACACAAGAAACCAAUUGAAGCUUUGGAUCGAACAAUGAGAGAUUUCCGUGGAAAUCAAAAUAUAUUUGGUGGUGCUUUAAUAUUGUUAGCAAGAGACUUUAGACAAACACCACCUGUUAUCUCAAAAUCAACACCAGCUGAUGAAAUAAAUGCGUGUUUGAAGCUAUCAAAUCUAUGGAGAUACGUUAAAACGUUAAGACUCACCACCAAUGUUCGUGUGCAAUUGCAAAAUGAUCAAUCAGCUGUAACAUUUUCAAAGCAAUUGCUUUUAAUGGGUGAUGGUUAUGGGCCCAGCUACGUGGCCAUAGAAGAAUCUAGUUUUAUCAAUUCAUGUUCAAAUUUUGAAACAGAACUUCAAGUAAAUUUAACGCAACAGGCAGAAAUAAAUAAAUAA